CGCGCCUCGGCCGCUUUAAAGACGCUAGCAGUCGCAAAGGGCUGCCCCUGCCAGCAAAUCAACAAUGGCGCUCGCCACCACGGCCUCCCAGACCACGCUCACCUUCUCCGCCGACGCCACCGUCGAGUUCAAGACGACGCGCGUGAGCCCGGAGCCCGCCUCGCCGGAGCCCGGCUCGCCCCUGCGGACGCCCAUGCCCGGCCGGAGCAAGGAGUUCUUCGCAACACCGCAGCAGAGCCGGCAGCGCGACGACGACCUCAUCUCCAUGAGCCCCAUCACCCCGGGCUACGGCCUCGACCCGACGCCGCGGCCUCCAUCCAAGACGCGCUUCGCGGCGGCGCUGGACGCGACGGAGGGGCCCGUCGCGACGCCCCAGGCUCAAAGGCCGCCGCAGAGUCCGCUCGACUCGCUCGCGACGCUCUCGCCGCUCAAGGAGCCGACGGAAGGCGUUGCGGCGCCGGAGGCGCGGCGACCGCCUCCAUCAAAACGUUCGCCGCCGCCGCCGCGCGCGGCGCCAGGGCCCUUCUUCCGGCACCCCGCCUACGAGUACCGCGCGCCGCGCGUGUCGGCCUGGGCCUCAAGCUACGGCACGACGUACGGGGCGACGGCGCCGGCCUGGACGCCCAUGCCCGUCUCCCCAACUCUCACCAACCUCACGUCGCUCUACCGCCGUCGCGUUCAGGCGAUCCAGUCGAGCCGCUUCGCUGAGAUAUACUUAAGUUAAUU